AUGAGUGUUACCACCUUUGGUAUGUGGUGGGAGGUGGAGUGGCGUGGAGACGAAUCGGUGCAUCAACACAUCAACGGUGUGCUCUUCUGCUCCAUUGUCUUCGGUGCAGCUGCGAAGGUGUCUGUCCACUCCUCAUCCUCAUCCUCAUCCACCACCACCACCACCACCACCACCACCAUCUCCUCCUCCUCCUCCUACUCCUACUACUACUACUUUGGCUUUUUCGACAUGCAUGGUGGUGGUGGUGGUGGUGGUGGCGACGAUGGUGGGAGGAAGGAGGUCGCAUGUGCGUAG